UAGUGGUUGCAAAAUUUUUUAAUUGUGCAAUAAAAAUCUAAUUAAAUGUAAUUAUAAGGAUCUUUUUUCAAAUAAAAUGAUCCUUUAAAUGUCAUAGAUGUUAUUCCUUUUCGUUUCAUGUCUGCCGAUCGAUAAUUAAAUUAAUGAGUUAGAAGAAUUUAACAUCAAGGCAAAAUGAUAAAUGUUCAUGGUUUAAGGCGAAAUGUGAAAAACGUUGUAAAAAACUAUUCUGAUGCUCAAGUUAAAGUACGUGAAGCUACUUCGAAUGAUCCAUGGGGCCCAUCUGGAACUUUAAUGAGUGAAAUAGCUGAUUUGACUUACAAUGUUGUUGCAUUCUCAGAGAUUAUGCAAGUCAUAUGGAAAAGAUUAAAUGAUCAUGGGAAAAACUGGAAGCAUGUCUACAAAGCCCUAGUUUUGCUGGAAUAUUUGAUUAAGACUGGCUCAGAAAAGGUGACUCAACAAUGCAAAGAAAAUAUAUUUGCCAUUCAAACUUUAAAAGAUUUUCAAUACUUUGAAGAAAGCAAAGACCAAGGUGUUAAUGUUCGUGAGAAGGCAAAACAGCUGGUGGCUUUACUUAAAGAUGAUGAACGAUUAAAAAAUGAAAGAGCUAGAGCCUUAAAAGCUCGAGAACGAUUUGCCAGGGCUACAUCAUAUGUGAAGCAAGAAUCUGCUCCUAGAAUAUGUAAUAUUACUGCUAUGCCAUAUGGAUCAUCAGAGUUCAGCCAAAAUUCAUUUGAUGAAGAUAUGCUGUCUCCUGGUGCUCUUUCUCUGUCAGAACUUGAACAUGCACGUCCACAAACUGCUGGCGAAGAAGAGCUGCAACUUCAGUUGGCAUUGGCCAUGAGUAAGGAAGAAGCCGACCAAGUAGAGAGACUGAAAAGAAACGAUGACUUGCGCCUGCAGAUGGCUUUAUCUGAAAGCGAAGAAGAAUUCAAGAAACACAAGCCGGAUGGAGCUGAAGACGAGCCUCCGUCUGCAUCAGCCAUGGAGGAUUUGCUUGGCCUAAGCUUAAAUAUAAAUCAAAACUCUCAGAAUGCGAUGAUGGAUCCGUGGGGUUUGCCUCUUACUCAAUCAAAGAACUCUAAUUCAACUGACAACAUUUGGAAUCCUAGCACAGUGAUCCCUGAAAGAAACAAAAAUAUUGUUAGAAAUGAUCCAUGGAGCAAUAACUCUUUAAUGAAUUCAACAGAUGAUGUGAAUAACUGUGGUACUGGAUUUUCACCAACUCAUAAUAAUGUAUUAGAAUCAAAUGCCUUUGAUAUGAUGGGAAUGAAAAAGUCUAUUUCUGCUGAUACAUGUACUCGUCCGGCUUCCCAAGAAAAUUCAAGUUCCAUAGAUACGUUUUUGAGUACAGAUUCCAGUUUGAUAAAUUUUGAUGUGGCAGCCAGCAGAACUAGAACACUUGGCAAUCCAUUUCAAGCUGCAAAGCCAUCGCCUUUGUCCAUAAAUGAAUUAAGAGCUCAGAACGGCUCUCAAAUUUUUCAAGCUUCAGCGGAAAAUACCCUUCCAACGUCAGCAAGCAUGCCUUUGCAAAAUAUGAUGUAUACAAAUGCCUCUUACUUUAGUCAAAAUGCCACACCGUCGCAAAAUCCGUUUAAAUAAACUUAUUAUAUUUUAGAUUUAUUUAGUGGCUAAUGUCUCUGCUUAAGAGUGCAUCAUAGGUUUUAGUUAAAUGCUUACGUCAAUUUUACAAAUAAAAUGAGCACCUUAAGUUUGAAUAGUAUUGUCUUUUUUUUAACCUAUGAUCUAAAGAGCAGUUGUUCUCAAACUAUUUUAAAUUUUGACUUCUUUAUAAAUGUUAAAUUUUUUAUGAAUCUAAAGUAAAAUUGAAAUGUUGUUAUUGGACGUAGCAUCUUUUAUCUUUCUAACAAAAAAAAAAGUUUUAUUUUAACCAAACUCCAAAUUUGAACUUUUUGUUAAUUGACUUGAUAAAGUUGUAUAUAUAUACUUGUUGAAAGGCAAAACUUACAAGGGAGAAAGCUAGAUUAUUUUUGUAAUCACCUAAAACAAUGGUUCCCAACCUUUUCAACUCACAUGCUCCUUUUUGUAUAUCAUUAACUGAAAUCUCAAGUCUAUGAAGAAGGUUUUUAAACUUCAUUAAAAUGUGUUAAAUCAUUGGUGCCCAACCUGACCUGUGAGCCACAGGCAGCCCAUUUUCCUCAAUGUUAUAAAACAAACAAGUGUCCUGAGACCUUCUACAACACUGUACCAUCCCAAACAAUCUGGCAACAACCCCCAUCCAGCGCCAGAUCUAGGGGGAGCAAGCUGCCCUGGGCGUAACCUCUGGGGGUGGCAAAUUCACCCUUGUUCCAUUUGUUUUGUUGAAAUUUGAUAUACAAACUUGAGGGAGGACGGGUUAGGGCAACAGUUUCAAGAUUUACACCAACUCUGAAAAAUCGAAGAUCCGGCACUGCUCCUCCUCACAGACACUUUCCUACUAUGCUGCAUCAAUAACCCAAACCCGUUGAUGAGACAUUUAUA